UUUCACUCCCAAGAGUGCCAUAUGGCACUCUGGCGUGACCGUCACGUUUUCCCAAGAGUGCCAUAUGGCACUCUGAAAAUGCAUUUGUAUUAACCAAUCCUAACGUGUGAUAUAAAUGAGAAAAAGCCCUUCUUUGUCUUUUAGCCAAUAGGAGAUAUCCUUAUGUUUCGUUUGACACAAAACACGAGGUAGGUUCCCAUAGAAAUAUUUUUCACAAUCGACCAUCGAAAGUGAGUAAGCGAAUUUCCGUAACCUUGCGUUAUUAUGGCGUCCGAUUCUGAAGGAGAUGAAUUUUUAGGCUUCGAAACUGAAGAAGUAGAAAGGGCAAGAGCUUUGCGAAGGCAAUUAAGCGAUGAAUCUGAUAUUUCAGUUUCUGAGAGCGAAAGCGAGAGCAGCAGUGAGAGCGAAAGCGAAGAGGAUAUCGACGAACGCUGGACGAUAGAUAACUCGCCUGUCCAUGUUGAAGAAUUUGUCGAACGCACUGGUCCGACUUCACGAGUUCCAGAAGAUGGAACAGCUUUGGAUUUCUUUCUCCUUCUUUGGCCAGAAGAUCUGUUCGAAAAAAUUGUGGAGGAAACCAACCGUCAUGCCGAACAGUGCAUUCAAACGAAACCAGAUCCGAGGUGGCACCCAACAACAUGCGAAGAAAUGCGUGCAUUCUUCGCGUUGAAUGUUUUGUUUGGAAUAAAGUCCUUGCCGGAAACAAGAAUGUACUGGUCGAAAGACAACUUUAUUGGUGUUCCAACCAUUCAAAAAGUUAUGCCGAGGAAUCGCUUCGAGAAGAUUCGACAAUAUCUUUGUUUAAACAAUCGUUUAAACAUGUUACCGCGAGAUAACCCUGCCUAUGACAAGCUCUUCAAAGUGCGUCCUUUGUUGGAUAGAAUGGUCAAGUACAAAGGAAGACUUGGCUUCAAACAGUACAUGCCCAUGAAGCCCGUGAAACGGGGCAUUAAAGUAUGGGUGCGUGCUGAUGCAACGAAUGGUUUUGUGAGCGCCAUGCAAGUAUACACAGGCAAAAAAGAUGGUGGCCAGCCUGAACACGGUCUUGGACAUCGUGUUGUUUGCGACCUUGUCAACGAUCUGAAGGGGAAAAAUUAUCACAUCUUUUGUGAUAAUUUUUUCACUUCAGUUCGACUGGCUGAAGAUUUACUGUCCAACAAACUCUAUCUUUGUGGAACAACACGUGCCAAUAGAACUGACUUUCCCAAAGAUUUAAAAGCUAAGAAGCCCGAAGUGAAAGCGCUCCGUCGUGGCGAAUCUCUCUUUCGUCGGAAAGGGAACAUUGUCGCAUCCGUUUGGAAAGACAAAAAAGCCGUGGCUUUCAUAAGUACUCAAUGCAAUGCAAGGGGAAACGAAACUGUUCGCAGAAAGCAGAAGGAUGGAACUUACAUCGAAGUUCCUUCUCUCCCAGUGGUAAAACUCUACAACCAGUACAUGGGAGGAGUAGAUCAUAGCGAUCAGAUGCGGCAAUAUUACGAUACGUCAAGACGAGCAAAUAAAUGGUGGCGGUAUCUGUUGUGGUUUUGCCUAGAUGUAAGCAUUGUGAAUGCACAUAUUUUAAUGCAAAUUGCGGAUAACCAUCCGAACUUCACGCAACUUCAGUUUCGCAUCGAAAUGGUGAAGAUGCUGAUCGGCGACUUCUCAUCCCGUCAACAUGCCGUUCAAGAAGGAACUGUUCAGACUGGACAUUGGCCCGUAAAAAUGAGCAAGGGAAGGUGCAAGAGAUGCUUGAAAAGAAAAAAGACAACGUUCUGUCGAAUGGGAUGCGAUUCAUGUGGCGAGAGGUUCUGCUUGGACUGUUUCAAAAAUCAUAACACCGAAGCCUGACGUGGCGCGAAAUUCAAACGUCUCGAACAAUGAACGCUCUUUUGUCUCGGUUAAAAAAAACACUUUAGAAGACAUACCAGUAAUUUUGUUUGUGUUCUUUUGAAAUUUAUAAUUUUCGCUGUAAAUAUUUCCGUAAAAUAUUUUUGCUUUACUUACCUUAUAUCGAGAAAUUACCUUGUGAAACAACAUAUAUGCUUUCAUUCAUUAAAUCAAAAUGGUGUGAUGAACAGU